AUGACGAAAUCGAAAUAUAAUGGUUUGGUAAUUACUUCAGCAGUUGCAGAGAGUGAAGAAACUAAUGAUUCCCAGGUUCAGGAAGAUAAUGAAUAUUCCGCAAAAUAUCAGGAAUCCGGAUUUUGUGAAAAAUCUCCUAAUUUAUAUUGUGUUCGAGGGACAUUAACAUUUUCGCUUCGCUAUGAUUUCAUUCAUCGUGUAUUAAUGGUACACGUUAUUCGAGCUUGUGGUAUUCCUGCUGAAAAUUCGGAACCAUAUGUGAAAUUAUGUUUGCUACCGGAAAGACGGAAUCAAUAUAAAACUCGUAUUUUCAAGAAUUCAUCUAAUCCGGAAUGCAAUGAAAUGUUUUCGUUUGAUGUCAGCCAUGCUAAUUUAUCCAAUAGAAUGUUAAAAUUUACUGUGUAUAAUUUUGUUCGUUUCACGCGGCAUGGUCUCGUUGGUAACGUCAUUUUGCGUGAUCUAUUUGAGAAAUCAGAAUUGAAUACGUGGACUGAACAUACUAUGCAAAUUAUUGGCACACCAGGUAAAGAUGAUUUUGGUGAUUUAUUGGUUUAUUUAUCAUAUUCUAUAGCUGAUCGAAAACUUCAUGUUACAGUUUCAAAAGCAUACAAUUUAAGACCAAUGGAUAUUACAGGUGCUUCCGAUCCUUAUGUUAAAAUUGAGCAAAUUUAUCAACAGCGUCGCAUAAAAGCACGUAAAACGUCAAUCAAACGAGCUAAUCUAAAUCCUGUAUAUCACGAAUGUCUCGAAUUUGACCUUCCAUUAAAUGAAAUUGAAGGAACUAAUUUAUUAGUUCGUGUAAUGGAUUGGGAUAGGAUCGGUCGUGAUGACCUGCUCGGUUGUUGUAUCAUUGGUAAUAAUAGUCCAAUGCCAGAAGGUAAAAAACAAUGGAUGGAUUGUUUCAGGGACAUAACUUCGAUUUGCGAUAAUUCGGAUCGUCAACCAAUUGGUACAUGGUAUAGUAUCCUUGAUGAGGUACCCGAAGAGUUUUGUAAUGUUCCAAAAGCGAAGAAAUAA